CAGUUCUUUGGGAUUGAGUUUGGGAUUGGGUAGGCAAAUCUGUUCCUAGAUCUGCUUGCAGAGGCAACAAAUAUACUGGGGCAUCUUCAGGUGCUUGGAAAGCCAGAUAACCUUUGGAGCUCACUGAUGUCUUGCGCAUGGAAGGCAGGGCACUUCCUGUUUUUCCUCAGAUCUUUUCUUGCUUACCAGAGAGCGCUUUCUAUAUUGAGUAAUGGGGAAACAGGCAUCCACCCACCGAACUAGUAACGUUAGGUCUGCACUUAUGGACAAAUGAAUCACAGGAAAUAUUGAAACUAAGUGGUUUUGUAGUUUAACGAUGGACUCGUUACGUCAGGCGUGAAUAGUGAGACCCAACAAGGGGUACUGCUAACUACCUCCACGCUAGCAAGGAUAACCAGCUAGUGAACGUAAGCUAGCUAAUUUGGUACAAUCAGCUACGAUUUACUGUUGUGAAUGGUGAAACGUUACCUAGCUGACGUUUGCGUGCCAGACUGUCAAACUGAGUAACGUUUCUCUUCUCUGAAAGGUAUUUCCUCAACCAGGAAAGAGCAGCAUGCGGAGAGAGCUGCAUCCGCUCUAGAAUGAAGAAGAGCCCGGCGCACCGCUGCAGGGACAUAGAGAGGCAAGCCGGUUACCUGCAGCCCGAGCACUGCGCCCCUCCCCCGACCCGCCCCAGUUCCGACGCCAUGUGGUUCAUCCGCGACUGCUGCGGCAUCGCGUGCGGCGUCAUCACCUGGUGCCUGGUGUUCUACGCCGAGUUCGUGGUGCUCUUCGUCAUGCUGCUGCCCGCCAAGAACCUGCUCUAUAGUCUAAUCAACGGGGCACUGUUCAGUACCCUCGCCUUCCUUGCUCUGGCUUCGCACGCCCGGGCCAUGUGCACAGACCCGGGUGCGGUGCCUAAAGGGAACGCAACCAAGGAGUUUAUCGAGAGCCUGCAACUCAAGCCCGGUCAGGUGGUCUACAAAUGUCCCAAGUGCUGCAGUAUCAAGCCUGACAGAGCUCACCACUGCAGUGUGUGUAAACGCUGUAUCAAGAAGAUGGACCACCAUUGCCCAUGGGUAAACAACUGCGUAGGAGAGAAGAACCAGAAAUUCUUUGUGCUUUUCACAAUGUACAUUGCACUGAUAUCCCUCCAUGCCCUGGUCAUGGUUGCCUUCCAUUUUAUCUUCUGCUUCGAGUCAGACUGGACAAAGUGCAGUACAUUCUCUCCUCCUGCGACCGUCAUCCUCCUCAUCUUCCUCUGCUUUGAGGGACUCCUCUUCCUCAUUUUCACCUCAGUGAUGUUUGGGACCCAGGUCCAUUCCAUCUGUACCGAUGAGACGGGCAUAGAGCAGUUGAAAAAGGAGGAGAGAAGAUGGGUUAAAAGGACAAAGUGGAUGAACAUGAGGGUGGUAUUUGGCCAUCCGUUCUCCAUAGCCUGGCUAAGUCCCUUUGCAACCCCCGACCACGGGAAGGCAGACUAUUACCAGUACGUUGUCUGAGAAGACGAAGCCAAGCUCCAGCACCCUUGCUACCAGCCUGUCUUUCAGGGUGCGGACUGAUGAUGCGUACAGGCGAAGGUGUUCCCACCGCCUGACUUCACUGAGCAUUAACUCUUGACACUUCUUCUCCUUUUCUGUUUUUGAUCAUUUUUAAAUUUCAGGGUCUUCUUUGUGAAAAACAUCUUUCUGCCUGUUUUUAAUUCUUGUCACUUAUUUUAGUUUUCUAUGCCUGGUGCUGAUUUUGAUACCUGUAUGAAAAACAAGUUAUUUUCCCUUCUGUUCACAAUCACAGACAAGCCCUGCAAAACCAUCAACUGUAAAAUGAGUCUCUGCUUCUCUCACGUUUAACAUGAAAGAGAGCACUUACUGAUGUAACCUAGCCAGAGACUGAAUCUGACGUGGCUAUAAACUAGGCUCUACCUUUGGGAUAGAAAGGAUAGACACUCUUAAACCCAACGUAUAGUAUUUCCUGUAUUUGUUCAUGUCCCGUUUGAGGACUAGACCUAAACAAAGCAAACGCAUGACCUGAAUUCAGAUUGGCUUUUCAGUGGACGAAAACGAUCAGUUCCAAUAGGCAUAUUUUGUCUUCCAAUGUUGCAGUACCUCAGCCUUUCCAUAAAGUAUCCUUUAUGGGUAUAAGCUAUAGCCUUUGGUGCCAGCGCCACGCUGUUGAUGUACUACCGACCCACAAGGCAUUACAUUUGCUGUUUAGAACAGCCAAAUCUGUUGCUGCAGAGUCUUUGCCUUAUAAGCAUGCGCGGCUGCUCACCUCCUGCAGGACUGACGCACAGAAGAAAUGCCAGGCCGCGCAGACUCCAGAGAUUGAACUUCACUGAGUUCACCCCAUUAGUUUGCACUACAUAGAUCAACGUUUUUUCUGUGACCGAAUCAACAUUAUAAACUGGGAUGUCCUGAAUGCUGAUUAGCUGACAGCUAUAUCAGACUGUAUACCACGGGUUUGACAAAACAUGUAUUUUUACUGCUCUAAUUAACUUGGUAACCAGUUUAUAAUAGAAAUAAGGCACCACAGGGGUUUGUGGUAUAUGACUAAUACACCACCGCUAAGGGCUGUAUCCAGGCGCUCCACGUUGCGUCGUGCAUAAAAACAGCCCGUAGCCGUGGUAUAUUGGCCAUAUACCACACCCCCUCGCGCCUUAUUGCUUAAUUAUAUCAGCCCCUUUAAGCUGUUUUUGAAAAACUAGUCAGGUAAAAAGCGUGUGUUUUAAUUAAAGGGGCAGUGUUGUAUUUUGAGACAGCCUUGAAUAUGGAAAUGAGCCAAUAGGCAGAAGGGUAGUCUUCAUUGUCUAAUUCUCUGAAUGAUAAUAAUUAAUUAUUUGAAAAGUGGUUUCUUGCAUCAUACAAUGCAAUGUACCUAUUUGGCCCAUGGUGUUACAGACCAAGUAAAAAGUCAUUAAUUAAUGUCAAACCCUUCAUAAUGUAAAAAUGUUUAAAGGUAUCAUGCAAUGUAGUCCUGCAUUGAACACCACAUAUAGACUACUGUAGGCUAUAUCAUAGAAAUCAAAAGCAAUUUCUAUCUGAAAAUGUUAUGGGAUUUGCUCCAUUGGUUUUGUUGGUAGGACUACAUUAUGCUCAAAUAGCCACAAUAGGCUAUUGGUUACUGUCUAAAACUGUAAGGGUUCCACCUCAGUAUUCACUGUAAUCGCGUGUCGGAACUUGCACAGAAUUCUCACAACGUUCAAGUUUCCGCUCACAACACCUCAAAUUUGCUCAGCCCCCCAAAUGUUUACUUGUAGGACAGUACACCAUGGCAGUUGGGUAAAGAUAUUUUUGUAGCUCUGUAACCUUGAGUUUCAGUUGAAUAGGGUAUCUGCUUCCUCUCACAGGCUGUCAGUCAUGUCCAUGUGCAGGAUGGGUCCCCUCCGAAGGUCAUGACAGGAUGAUUGAAAGUCCAACUGCGGUAGCGGCUGGUGACAGUGGUGGAUGGUUGUCUGUUGUAACAGGAUGUCUUACUGGCUGGUGUAUGUGACAACUGUUUCUAUAGAAAAAGUACUGUAAUGCCCUCUGAGAUGUUCAUUUGAUCACUGAAUAACUAUACAACUGGUAAAUCAAAUGUACAUAAUAUUUAACGUUUUGGAACAGAAGCCUGCAGCUAUGUGUAAUUCCCCUGUGUUCACUAAAUGGAAUUUGUUAAAUGUCAUAUCAUAACAGGCUAUCGGCUUGACAUUUGUGGUUAUGAAUCUGACCGAGCUAAGCUUUGCGGGACAAACAUUGGUGAUGACAUUUAGGCCAGUGAAACGUGCACUGAAACCCGAAAGAACAUUGUGGACCAUGCUAACUAGUUCACACACUAUGUAAAGGCACAGACCGGUCUCCUAGAGACAGUCUAGAUUGGCUCUAGGCCAAUUGCAAACAAACAAGCUUCAUUCAAAGCAGAUACUUCAGUGAAAAUGCCUUUGUCGAGUGAGAAAAUGAUCACACAAUCAAUCGUGUGUUCAGAAGCCUUACUAUAGAAAGAGUAUGGGCUGUUGGUGAUGAACAGAAUGGCUACAUCCCAAAUGGGGCUCUAUUCCAACAGGGCUCUAGUCAAAAGUUGUGUACUGUGUAGGGAAUAGAGUGUCAUUUGGGGCACAGCCUAACUCAUGUAGAAUAUUUUUGGUGCCAUAUUUUCUGGUUUAUGAAUGAGGAAUCUCUGAACUCUUUCACCCUCCCUGCAUAUCAUUUUGUACAGCUUAUGGUGGAAUGUACCAUUGAGGCCACAGGGGAACUUUCAGAAACAUAUGCCUUUUAUGAAAAUGCAUUUUACAGACUGUCAAAGCCAUGCUGAAUGAACACAAUGGUUAUGUAUUCAUCAAACAAAAAUGUUUCUCUCUUAAUUGAGAAUUCAGAGUGCAUUUGCACGGCAUGGGUGUCAUUUGAAAUGUGUAUGGACCACAUUUUAUAGAUUUAAAAAAAAAAAGUAUUAUGAAGAAUAAAAUCAACUUUGAAGUCACUAAAGCAGCAUGACACUAUCACGACAGUCACCUUUUCCUGUUGGUUUUGACCCCUUUUUCUCCCCAAUUGGUAGUUAGUCUUGUCCCAUCGCUGCAACUCCCGUACUAACUCGGGAGAGGAGAAGGGAGAGAGCGACACGUCCUCCGAAACACGACCCUGCCAAGCAGCACUGCUUCUUGACACACUGCACGCUUAACUCGGAAGCCAGCCACACCAAUGGGGUGGAGGAAACGCCAUACAAUUGGCGACCGAAGUCAGUGUGCAGGUGUCCGGCCCGCCACAGGAAUCGCUGGAGCGCGAUGGGACAAGGAAAUUCUGGCCGGCCAAACCCUCCCCCAACCCAGACGAUGCUGGGCCAAUUGUGCGCCGCCUCAUGGAUCUCCCAGACGGCUGUGUCACAGCCCGGGAUCGAACCCGGAUCUGUAGUGAUGCCUCAAGUACUGCGAUGCUCCACUCGAGAGGCCGGACAGUCACUUUUUCUAAGCAGUACAUUUUUUUAUUGAAUAGGUGACUUUAAAGUUAAAGAUGCUUCAAUCAAAUCUACUAACUUAAACUCACCCCAUUCUGUACAAAUGUGCGCAACAACAACAACAAACAAACAAGGCUACAAAGAAAGCUAAUGGGACUGUAGAGACUGUGUUGGCGUCAAAAUCGGUGGUGUGAACUAGGUUUCUAUUCAAGCGUUGAUCGACAUGGUAAUGGCUCUAUAGUAUUGGAGAAAAGUUUAAAAAACGGACCCUCCUUUACAUCGUGAAGUGUCAUGCCAUAACGUACAGCACGCAUAAAGCAACUAUUUCUGUCUUACAAUCUCUCUUCACCAGGUGUAGCACUUCUCUGAUCCUUUAGAAACAAGAAAUGGACAGUGACAGGGGUAAGGCGGAGGGAUAUCUAGUCAUUUUUUGCGUCAUCAUUGCAUGCGAUCAUCAUUCUCAAAGCCGCUGUUUACUUCUAAGAUCACUUUAGCACCGCCCUAAAAACCUGAUUCUAAUUCGACACAAACCAAAUAGGUAUGUAAUGACACAUUAUAUAAACUCUUUAUAGUGUUUUAUUUACAUUCUAGAGGCGAUAAGGUGAUAAGUUGGACAGAUCGAGUGAAAAAAAAGAAAUCCCACACAUCUCUCCUCACUACCACGCAUGAGUUUAGCUUCCCCACCCGCCAUUUUUUUAAAGACCCGACAGAGCUCAUUGCCUUGUUGAAUUAUGCAGAAAUGGGCAGCGUUUAGGUCAUGUAAUUGAUUUUGUUGGAAAGGGGAGAAAUUGUGCUUUACAAUGGUAUUGACAUUACAGUUGAUCUGGAAGUAUUAAGUUUUUGGGGCGCUAAAAUAAAGGCAAUUGUACGGACCAAGGCAAUGUACAAGUUCACGUGAGUUUACGUUACCAUAUCUUUCUGAUUUGGUGCACCUUUUUUCUUUUAAAGCAGAAUGCUCAACUACCUAAAUCUCAAUACUGCUAUCUCCUACUUGAACUGAUUGACCCCUUUAAACUCUGUAGUGACUCAUAUAACUGGGUCAGUCUAUGAAAAUGGUGGCUUUUUGAACAGCAAACUUUUACAAAUGUUAAUUAUUUUUAUUUUUAAUCAAAACAUAGUCAGAUAAUAGUUAACCCCUUAAUGUUAUAAAUCAAGAUAAAUGACAGCUUAACAUAUUUUUUAUAUUUUUACUACUUUACAUAAACAAAAAUGCUUGUGCUGCCUUUUUGUCACUGGUAUUACCUAUGUUUUAGAUGACAAUUCAGGCUUUCUAGAAUGUAAUUUCAGUCUUUAAUUAUGUGAUUACAAUAUUGAAACAGUAAUAAAAUGCUAAUAAGUA